AUGUAUACGCUAGUGUUUUUAUUAGUUUUCUCGGUUAACGUCUUUGCUGUUAAAGGAAGUAAGGAGUUUGAGAGAAUUGAGGCUAAGAAGUUUCUAGAAAAAGAGACACGAAGAGAGUCCGAAGCUCGUAUAUCAGAUCCCCAUACUGUAUCCCUCAAGAUAAAACAGUUGAAUAUUUAUUCGGAAAAUAGGAAUCAGGCCCUGAAAAUAUAUAACGAUACAUUCACACACGAGAAAAGGAUACAAUAUGACUGUGUACUGAGUAACCCUACGGAUAACGAGGAAAAAUAUAAAAUAUCCUAUUACGUAGACGGAAGCCCAAAGGCCAAAACAAGUGGAAACGUGACAUUAGCACCUCACACAAGUGAAUCAUUGAUAUACACUUUUACGCUUCAUAAGGCUGACCGAACUAUUAUAUGUUCUGCGGUAGACCUAAGCUCUCGAAAGGAAGCACCUAACCCGAGAGUUGAAAUAUAUCUAAAAUAUAUAUCACCGCCACCUGUAUUUCCUGUUAUAAAAACACCAAAUGUGACAAGAGGGAAGUAUUUCCCGAAUAAUUCUACACAAAUAUACUAUUACAACUUCACCGAUGGGGAACAGACUAAAUUCGAAUGUGCUUUGAAUGAUAAAGGAGACAAUUCAAUAUAUCGAAUUGCCUUAUAUACUGAUGACCACGGGAAUAGAACAUUUACACCAGAGAUGCCCGUCAGUCACUUAUUUAAUCUCAAAAAGGAUAAUAAAAUUAUAACUUGUAUAGUUUGGAAUUCGCAGAGUCUGCAAAAGUUUUAUAAUAUAGUAUAUCUUAACUGUAAUCGUGUAUCACCUGACACACCUGAAAUAACUAUCAGAGGAUCUAAAAAUCUGCAAAAAGGGGACUUUUUCUCAGCAAACUCAACACAAAUGUACAAUUACACAAUUUGCGACAGCGAAACGGUUAAACUUAGCUGCAAUGCUAUAGGGAAAGCGAAAACAUAUGACCUCAUAUUUUAUUCUGAUGGUAAAGAAGUUGCCAAAAGUGAACAAGUGACAUUCAUCGAAAAUGAUUUCGAUAUUACGGAGGAUAGUAGAAACAUAACUUGCGUGGCGCUGAAUGCAACCCACCACCCUCUUAUUACUGCAGUGGUGCAGCUUCUAUACAGUCCGUCUGAAAAUUAUGGUGAGUGA